AUCACCUUCUCCAUAAAUAAAAAUCUCCUUUCUGUUUCCCUUUAAACUUUCAACGCUCUCUCGUUCUUCAUUUCAAUGGCCUCCGAUAACCCUUCCACCGACAAUGGUUUCACUCGCCCUGAGAUGUACACCGAGAAUCUCGCCGGAACCGUCGACGCCUACGACCGCCACGUAUUCCUCUACUACAAAAACCACCUUUCCUGGCCUCCACGUGUCGAGGCUUCCGACGACGACCCCCUCCCUAAACUCGUCGCCGCCUCGAUGAAAGCUCGUAAAAACGACUUCACUUUUAAGACCAAAAUCACUGUGUGCGAAGCGCGCGAGGAAGCUGGCUUCUCCGACGGCGACGUUUUGAUUUUCCCUGAAAUGAUUAAGUAUAGGGGUUUGGUGGAGUCAAAUGUUGAGAGCUUUUUUGAAGAUGUUUUGGUGAAUGGUAAACCAUGGGCUAUUGGAGUGCCGGAGAUUUUAACCGGUUCACAUGUUUAUGUAUGUGCUCAUGGAAGUCGUGAUGUUAGAUGUGGUACUUGUGGGCCAGUUCUCAUCAAGAAUUUUAAUGACGAAAUUGAGCUUCGAGGUCUGAAGGAUCAGAUAUCUGUUACGGCUUGUUCUCACAUUGGGGGGCACAAAUAUGCUGGGAAUGUAAUCAUAUACAGUCCAGGACCUGACCGGAAAACUACCGGUCACUGGUAUGGUUAUGUUACUCCUAAUGAUGUUCCGGAUUUGUUGGACCAACACAUUGCUAAAGGAGAGGUCAUACACCGACUUUGGAGAGGCCAAAUGGGGCCGUCUGUUCCAGAAGGGAAGGGAGCAACUGAGCAGAAACUUUCCAAUGGAGAACUUACUAAUGGAGAACAUGCCAACAAGAUUGAGAAGAGUAUUGAAAGUGCCAGUGUGAACAGGGAAGAAAAUGUGACCGGAUGUUGCCAGGGUGUUAAUGGGGUUUCUUGUUGCAGCUUUCCAAGUCCUGCACAAAACAACAAGACUAAAGGGAGUAAAAUCUGUAAGAAUUGGCCUACAUUGAAGGAGAGUGAUGUUCUCACAGCAGUUGGUGUGCUUGGAGCUGUGGCGGCUGUUGCUGUGGUUUACAAACUUUACAGAAGGUCAGGCUGAAUUAAGCUCUAAUAAUGUGUUCUAGGUUGUUUGAGGACCCUAUUUUUUUUGGUUGAUGUACCACUAAGUAAGAAAUAAUUAUAAAAACCAACUAUACAGACUUAAAUAGACGCCUUAUUGGUUUAUCAAAGAAUAGUAAAAGUCUAGCAACAGAUACAGUGAUAAAAGGUUCAUUGUUCUUUUUGAACUCAACACAAUUAUGAUUGUAUACGCCCCUAUGUGUUUGUCCAUUAUGUUUGCAUUACUGAUAUUCUAUUAAUUCAAAGUUUGUUGUGAUGAAAA